UCGAUUUCUACGUUUCAUCAUCAGAGGUUUCCUGACAUCAACAAUAGGGGGCACCUGGCCAAGAUUGGACGCAAUAUACGUUUCUGCUUCAGGACAACAUGAGCAGCCCCCCCCGCAGCAGUUGGUGAAUGAGUGACCAAACAAGAUUGGACACAAGCGCAAGUCGCAACGACCGCGUGGAUGAUUCUGUGAUCAUCGGGAUUGGAAAGAGAGUCCUCCUUUUUCUGUCGGCAAGGUACACAGUUCAGAAGAGGUUGAUGUUAGUGGUUAUACAGGCCGGAAAAGAACAGCAAUCCGCUUGUCGUCCGUAUCGUACGUACGGGAACAGCACUCAGCUUGUUAUCCACAUGAUAUAGGACACCGUCGACUUCGGCAUUGUGAGUGCGAAGCAACACAAGUUGGCUAAUCGAUCGAAUACGAUAACCAGAAAACAACCGGCGGAUGAGUCUGUCUAUCCUUCUCACUACUCUCUGCAGCUCCUCUGCCGGGUCACUGAUAUGAUGCAAAGGGACAGGCUGAGGUUUACUGACGGCAUAGACCAGGUCUUGCGUGCUUCCAUUUUUCAGUUCCAUUAUGAAGCCAGGGCCAGAGAUGGACGGGAAAACGGUGAACUGCGCACAAGCUUUGAGGAGGUGGGGAUCGGUCUCCUCCAAUCUGAGCAGCAAAUGCGGGCUCCAUACGUGACAGAGCUGUCCACUGUACCUGUGCCAAAGGAGUUGCUUUGCAGAAAGCGGAAAUGCAACCGGGUGAUGCUGGAUGCGGCAAUCGUAAGGCCAUGCGGUCAUAUCAUCUGCGAGCAGUGCCUGCGCGAUGCGCUUAUGCCGCCAAAGAAGCAGCAGUGUCCAAUAUGCAAUGUGAGCCUGAGUCGCCGAACGGUGAACGAGGAUGGCGAGCCGAUUCCUUCGACGCAGAUGCGAGAACAGAUCAGCAACUUGAAAAUGAAAUGCCCGUUUACGCUGAGCUAUGCCGUGGCAAGCAAUAAGUUUGUCGAUCUGGAGUGUGUCUUUCCUGGCUCGACGGGUGAUGUGGUGGUCUGCGGGCCAGUGAGACUGGCAGAUCUGGAGGAGCAUGUCCUCACAUGCUCCCAUCGCCCGGUUCGUUGUGUGAAUCAAGGUUGUGGGGAGCCCUUUAGGUCCGAGCACUUGGCGGCGCAUGAAUCCAUGUAUCACACCAACAUGAGCUUUUCCUCUUCCCCUUCCCCAGAGGGUCAAUCAGCCAACCCGGCCUCCGACCAAGCGCAAAGGCAGCCCAACGUCACAAAUAGGUCCAGAAUCGCUGAUGCCUCUCCCGCUCGUGGUGGUGAAGCCAGAACUGAAGGAUUAGCCGAUGUCGUGGUGCCGAGUUUGCGCCCCUGUCCUCACCACGCUGCAGGAUGCUCAGCCAAACUUCCGGAGGCUGCACUUGCUGCACAUGUCCGCACUUGCACAUACAGCAGUGAAAACCGUCAGAGGGGUGGCUGGUUUCUAACAGUAUGCUGUUUCAGCAGAGCCAGGACCGGAUCUCAGAACCGUCCCUCCAACAAAAAUGCUUCUGGCCCCUCAGGGAGUUUCUGGGACUUUAUUAAACGGCUUUAUGCCGCUUGCUGUGCAGGGUCUCCACAUGCUCAAGGCGGUGAGGAACAUUGGCACUGAGGCAGCUAAAAUACUCUUCUGCAUGCUUCACCGUACUUCCUGUCAUCAUUACUUGUACCGUACGCAGUCACAGUUCCAACCAGGUACGCACGCAGUCAUGGAGGUGGUGGAGAUCAGGGCGCAAUGCAAAAGCUAGGCUCAGGCUCAGGACAGCAGUAGCACACCUCCAUCUGAUUGGAAGCCUUGAACUUGAGCUGGUGGAAGGAAGGCGGAGCGGGGCAAGAAGAUCGAGGGAGGGCCGAAGGGCCACUUGCAAGGAUUGAAGUUGAAGCCUGAAGGUGAAGUACAGUAAAAAAAAUACUGCCUUUGUCUGAAAAAAAAGAUCGUAUGUAGUAUGGAGAACGAUUCCAAGUGUGUGUGUAUGAAGCCCCAAAGGUGCACUGCACUCAGUCACGGCGAUCAUGCAUUAUUACGUUCGGGGAUAGAUGGUACUGUGUUGAUGGGAGCACGAAUGGAUUGGAAGUUGUGUUUUGGGGGGUCAAUGGAGUGUGAAUCAGGGUGGAUUAGCUGGUUCGGUGGGUGAGCCUUCCGAAGAUAAAUUGUUGAUAAGCAC